GCGAAUUGUGGGAUUUGUAGUUCUUACCCUAUUCAGCGGCGCUGUGAGCGAGCAGUAUGGCGGUCGCCAAGGGCAUAGACCUGGUGCUGAAGUCAGUGAAGAGCAUCAAUGUCCGCAUGUGUCCCUUUCAGCCCGAGGUGCGGUCCACCAGGGAGUUUUUGGAAGCUAUCAACAGCAAGAAAAUCCGCACAACCAAUACAAACUGUGAAAUAAAUGCUGAUGUGAGGCAUGACGGCUCAGAGCCGGUAGCAGACAUCCUGUUUGGUGAUGGUGAACGGCUCAUCUAUAAAUCUCAGAAUGUAAGCGCUAAGGAGAUGUUAUUGAAACUAAACUCCAUCUGCUCUUCUAAAGACCAGCAGGUCAAAGACAGCGCCAAGAAAUAAACAGGAGCGCCUCUUCUGUCCUCGGGAUAUGCAAGAACAAGCCUAAGGGACCAUUCCUCUUAUUUUGUGAAAUCUAUCUUUCAUAAGUCUCCGUCCAGCAUCUGGGA